UCCAAAAACAUUAUUCAAUUUGAGGGACCAAAUGGACAAUUGGCAAAUAUCCGUCCAUUUGUGUUGGAUUAUUCAGAACCUUUGUUAGGGAGAGAUUUAAUGGCCCAGUGGGGUGUCACAAUUGAUAUUCCAGACUCUCCACAGCAUAUUUGUACAGCAGCCAUUGAACAACAGCGCCCCACCCAAAAACUGAAGUGGAUAACAGACAAACCAGUUCAGGUGAAACAGUGGCCGCUCAGUAAACAAAAAAUAAAGGUGCUUGAGGAGCUAGUGGAAGAGCAACUAAAAAAGGGCCACAUUGUGGAGACCAUGUCCCCAUGGAACUCUCCAGUGUUUGUCAUCCAAAAAGCUGACAAAAAGAGAUGGCGGCUCCUCUGUGAUCUCCGACAAAUUAAUAAUGUAAUUGAAGAUAUGGGUUCUCCCCAACCUGGUAUGCCAUCCCCAACAAUGCUUCCCCAAGAUUGGAAAUUAGCUGUUAUUGAUAUUAAGGAUUGUUUUUUCCAAAUCCCCUUGCACCCUGACGAUGCACCGCGUUUUGCAUUUUCAGUUCCUUCUAUUAAUAUGGAAUCCCCUAUGAAAAGGUACCAUUGGACCGUUCUUCCUCAGGGAUUAAAGGUAUCUCCAGCUAUCUGCCAGUGGUAUGUGUCUUCCCUGCUUUCCCCAGUACGUGCAGCCGCAGAAGCAGCACUUUCAAUGCUGUCCCUCGUCCCUCCCCUGCUGCCGCCACUGCGCCGCAGUGGCCCUGGCAAAGGCGGGCUUGACUUCCGGACAGCCACCUGCAUGGGGACCCUGGGGAUGUGCCUUGCCUCCCUUUCACCCUCUCUCUCUUUCUCCCUCGAUCCACCUACUGGGGCCGAGGCUGCCGCUCCGGACUUGGGACCCCGGCAUGCUGAGACCCGCCCCUGGCAGUUCCGUCACCGAGCCAGCCCGCUCCUCCGCACCCAGCACCACCGCCAGGCUGGCGAGCACAUCCGGAAACCCCCCACCCUCCAGGAUCCUGGCUCAACCAACCCAGCUCCCAGUCCUCGACAGCGCCCCAUGCAAACCACACCUCAUGCUGCCUCCACUGGUUGCAUCUGCAAGUCUCUCCCCAACAAGCUGAUGCCUGCUCCAGGAACCAAGAAGACAUCUCUGUGA